AUGGUACUUACAGACAGGCUGUCCAAGUACGUACAGCUGGAAGCUAUGACGUCUAUGACGGCAGAAGCGUGUGCCGAACGGUUCAAGGAGUGCUGGUGGCGUUUCCGUGGGUUCCCGGAAUACAUUAUAUCCGACCGAGGAUCAGACUGGGUCGGCCAGUUCUGGGCAACGUUAUGCCGUAUUGUCGGGAUCGAACAGCGGCUGUCUACAGCAUAUCACCCGCAGUCAGACGGAGGCACGGAACGAGCGAACCAAGAAGUUCAAGCAAUCCUACGCACCUUUAUAGCGUUCGACCAAUUUGACUGGCCGGACCAUCUAGCGGCAUGCCAGCUGGCGCUAAAUGGUAGGGACUCUUCCGUUACCGGCAUGAGCCCGAACAGUCUCCUAUUGGGAUACGAAGUCAACGCAGUACAACGGGUGGAAGCUCCCACCCCAAGCGCAACUACGGGUAAAGGGCGAGCAGUAGCGUUCGCACAGCGCCUGCGCGAAGGCACCGAGCUGGCCCAGGCGGCAAUUGCAUUUGCACAGCAACGCUUGGAGGAAGAAUCAAACUCCCACCGGCGCCCAGCGGAGCGUUUCCAGGUAGGGGACAAGGUAUGGCUAAGUCUACGCUAUAUAAAGUCUCCACGCCCAUCCAAGAAGCUAGACUGGGUAACAGCUAAGUAUACGGUUGUGGCCGUACCGACCCCCCUAACUGUUACGCUGGAUGUCCCCCGAGGCACGCACCCUACCUUUCACGUGGACCUAGUAGAGCGGGCCGCAACGGAUCCGCUACCUAGUCAAGCCUUAACGAAUACAGAGCCAGGGCCGCUCUUGGUAGAGGACGAGGACGGCGUACCGCAGGAAGAGUAUAUUGUAGAGGAAAUCUUGGCCGCAAAGAACGCAAGAGGGCAAGGUAAGCGCCGCAAUGUCCUGGUUAAAUGGGCCGGGCAUGACCAACCUACGUGGGAACCGCUGGAAAAUCUACAGGAGACCAAAGUACUGGCAGACUACGAGCAAAAAUAG